GCGGGUUGCCAGCGGGAAGCACGAACCAUCCCGUCUCUUUGGUUCAGGCCUCAGGCUUGCCGCAUGCCAAGGCUGCCGUUGCCCAGGUGAUACCAUUUGCGACGCCUGAACCGAAAUCAGCUAAUGUUAACGUUUGUGUACAUGUACUUGGUAAAAGCGGAGCAUGGGCCGAGCCAGGGUCAAGAACUGCAAUUUGUUGCAACGCGUCCCGAGACCCUGAGCAUUGCAACGCAACACCGCGGACUCGAUUGGCAUCUCCUCUUCUACCCGCCGUCCCUCCAUUUCUUCUUCCUCCUCCCUUCCCGUUGUGUGUGCCAAUUGACCCGUAAUGUCGGUGCGUGUUGUUGCCCGAAUCCGCCCGCUGCUGGAAAAAGAGCUCGACAAAGAUGUCAUUGUGCGCGCCGAUCGCGUCGAGGAAGGGAAACCCCUGACCGUCGUCAAGAUCCCGAACCCCAAGAACGAGGCUGAAGAGUUCUCGUUUGCCUUCAACAGCGUCUAUGGGCAGGCCACAACCCAGGAACAGCUGUUUACAGCCGAAGUGGCCCCGCACAUGAAGGCUCUCUUUCAAGGCUUAGAUGUGACAAUCUUUGCCUAUGGCGUCACAGGCACCGGCAAGACGCACACAAUGCGCGGUGGUCUCCGACUUGCGGACCGCGGCGUGAUUCCCCGGUUGCUUAGCAAUGUGUUUCGCAGAGGGAAGAAGCUCGUCAAGGACACCAACGGAACAACGAUGGUGGACGUAGCUCUCUCGUACUACGAAAUCUACAACGACAAGGUGUACGACCUGCUCGAGCCGCCAGAGAAGCGGACGCCGGCAGGUCUCCCGCUGCGCGAGAAAGACGGAAAGACGAUCGUAGUCGGCUUGUCUGAGCGCUCAUGCGAGGAUCUCAAGGACUUUGAGAAGUUGUACAUCGAAGCCAACAACAACCGUGUGACGGCCGCGACCAAGCUGAACGCACACAGCAGCAGGAGCCACGCCAUUUUGCGGGUGAAAGUGACGCAGACGACUGGAGAUAUGGUUAAGGAGAGCACCGCUUCUGCCAUUGAUCUAGCCGGCUCGGAAGACAACCGGCGAACUGACAAUGGAAAGGAGAGGUUGGUCGAAUCGGCGGCGAUCAACAAGAGCCUCUUCGUUCUGAGCCAGUGCAUCGAUGCCAUUUCGCGAGGGGAUAAGCGCAUCCCGUACCGCGAAUCCAAGAUGACGCGUAUUCUGUCCCUGGGCCAGAACAAUGGCAUCACGAUUAUGAUUCUGAACCUCGCCCCGAUCCGGAGCUACCACCUCGAUACGAUCAGCAGCCUGAACGUUAGUUCCCGGGCGAAGCGUAUCGAGGUGCGAGAGAUUGAGAACGAGGUGGUGUUCAAGCAGCCUCCCCGCACUAAUUCCGCGGUUGGAGGAGCGGCCAUGCAGCGCCAGCCACUGCGGCCUCUUAAUAAUGCCCAUAAUGUGCACACGGGCGUGCUGGCAGCGAAGGCGGCAGAGAAGGCUGAAAAGCCCGACAAGCCCGUCAAGGCGUUCUCUGUUUACACCGACAAGAAACCUGCCGUUGCCGCGCGGCCUGCCGCGCCAGUAGCUAACUCGUCACAGCCAAGACAGCCGAGUCUGAUCAAGAGACCGUCGGACGUGCCAGAUGCCCUAUCUUCACGCCCCUCAAAGCUCGCGCGGCCAACACAGCUCCGCCCGCCACAGCCGGUGAUGCAGCCGGUGACUUCCUCAAAGCACAUAACGAUCUCAGCGGAACAGAUUGAGGCCAUGGUGGAGAAGAAGGUCGCCGAGAUCCUGGCAUCUCGCGCCGCCGAAGCGGCUUCGAAUCCUGAGACCCCAGCCGUCUCCGAUCCUAACGGCGCUGUCCAGACCCAGAUCAGCGAGGAAGUCAAGCGCCGCCUGGAGGCUCUGGAGCGGCGCAUCGACAGCGAAUCGCGCAACGACGACAGCGGGCGGUCCGAAGGUCUGCGAUUCUUGCUGCAGGCGAGACAGGCAAAGGAGAGCGGCGACGACGAGGUUGCACUCAGCUUCUAUGAGAAAGCGUUGCCGUAUUUCCCGGGACAGGCGAGGCUGCUGGGCAAGAUCGAGCGGCUGCGGCUCAAACUGGGCAAGGGACAGCUCGGCGAUGGCGAAUCCGAGAGCAUUGUGCGCACCCCGAGGAAGGAGCGCAGGCGCAAGGAAAACGACGAAGACGAGAGUUACCAGGAGGGCACAGAGGCGGAUGUCGAAGACGACGCGAUCGAGAAGCCGGCGCGGGCCAAGACGCCGAAGAAGAAGAGGGCACCAUCCAAGGCGAAAGUCUUGGAGCAGUCGGUGUAUGACGGCCCUGUGUCGCCAGUCGCCCAGCAGCUGCUGGACAUUGUUAAUUCGCGCGAUGUUGCCCUCAUCAAGCGGCUGCAUGGGUUUGGCGCGAAGAAAGCGCAGGACCUCGUCGAUCACCUCACGCUUAAGGGAGACGGGGAGUCGGCGCAGGUCGAGUCGCUCGCGCAGUUGAGGAUGUUCCCUGGCAUGGGAGGAAGAACGGUAGAGAGGGCUUAUGAGGGCUUGGUUGGUUCUGCCGCGGGCAGUCAAGGAGAUUGAUGGGUUUUCAUAUUAGUGGUUUUGUCUCUGCAUCGGUCGGGUUGGGCCGCUGUGCGCCCUUGGUUUCGCUUUCGGGUCCAGUCACCGCCCUGCAUUGCAUGGCUAGGAGUUUCUGUUUGGCAUAUCUGGUGUUGGGUUGUUUUAUUAGCAUUUGCUUAGGCUUUUCCUUUUUGGGACUGGAUAUUUCCUGUAGCAUUUUUCUCGGCCGGUAAAAGGGCAGCUAUCGCAUAGAAUGGAGUUACGGAGUACUGCGGUCAAGUCCCCAUUGAACGUCUCGCGCAAACCCAUAGAUCUCUCAGUAUG